UCUAUGCACUACACCACACUCCAUCUCUUUCUAUAACCUCUUUCUUUCCUUUCUAUAACCUCUUUCUAAAUGUCUCCACCCCACCCCAACCCUCAUCUUCAUCAUCACUCAUUCACCAUUCUCCUCUCUCUCUCUCUCUAAAUGGUCAUUCACUCACAAGUUCACAACACAACUUUUGAGAGACACAUACAUUCACAACCCUUUUAAGCCCUUUUCUCAUCUAUCUUUUUUAAGAUUUUGUUGAUAUGAUUUGAGUAAGACAGUUUAGUUUAGUUUCUUUUUGAGAUAUAACAACAUUGCAACAUCUGGCUGAGGAAUCAAACAAAAGGAGGUAGCUAUAGCUUGCUAGGCCAAUGAAGAGGAACGGUUUGAUGAAAGACUACACUCAUGACCACAGUUGUGUCAACAAGAACCCAACAACAACAAAAGACUUCUCCCAUGUUGUUGCCAACUGCUAUAACAACAACCAAAUGGCUAAAGAGUUUUGGGAGUGCAGCAGCAGCAGCAACAUCAACAAAUCUCAUCAUCACAACAUUCACAGCAAUAAUAAUAUUGCAGAUCAGGACUAUGUGAAUGGCUUCCCAUGGCCACCAAGAUCAUACACUUGCAGCUUCUGCAGAAAGGAGUUUAAGUCUGCUCAGGCACUUGGUGGACACAUGAAUGUUCAUAGGAGGGAUAGAGCAAGGUUGAGGCAGUCAUCACCCCCAACUCAUGAAGUUCAAGGUCAAGCUGCUGGCCCUAUAAGGCUCAACCUUAAUCUUAACCCUAACAACAACUCAGCCUCAUCAUCAUCUUUAUCCUUGUUACCACCACCACCAUCUUCAUCUUCAGCAACUACUACUACUCUUAAGCCUGUUGUCACUUGCACAUUGCCCUUGUUUGUUUCUCCCACUCCUCCUUCACCUUCUUCUGAGUUGAAGAGAUGGGUUGUUGUGGAUGGCAUUGUGUUGAACCCUUUGAGCAUAAUGACCACCCCAGAGCACUACUCCAAGUCAAAGAUUCCAGAAUCUUUUUCAGCUGGGGUUGGAGAAUAUCAUGAUCAUGCUUUUGCAAGGGAAGAUGGGUGCAAAAUGUUGAAGAAGGGUGAGAUUCUCAGGAUGGACUUGGAGAUAGGUUUGCCUAGAGGUUAUGAUUUGGAUCUGGAGCUUCGUUUGGGUACUACUUACUCUUAGGUCACACGGUUAGUGAGGUAUGAAGAAACCAGCAUGUGUAGCAGUUAUUAUUAUCAUAUUUCUCUAUGUUAAUUUUCAAGUUAAGGUUUAAUAGGCAGUGAGAAGAUUGGAUGGUUAAGUUAUUAAUUUGAAGUAGGUAGGGUCAUAUCAAAUGGAAAUGUAUCUAUACUAACCAUCUUCAACAUCUUAGCUAGCUAGAAUAUUCUAUGUUUAUGAAGGCUUUCACUUCCAUUACUUAUUAGUUACAGGUGAAAAGCUUUCACUUAUCAUUUCCUAAUAUCUGAAAUUUAAUGCUAGUUCUUGUUUUAUAGCUAGCUAUUGUCAAUUGUUAAGCAGAAAUGAGAAUGUUUUAGACGUGCGUGAAUUAA